UAUUUUAUUUUUACAGCGUGUUCUGGCGCACGUUGGAAGUAGAAUUUAGUUUUAAUUAUUAUAUUGAAGAGGAAUGCAGGCCGAAGGCGACUCAAGGCGAAAGCGGCCCAAGAAGAAGGGCAACCGCUUUAUGCGGAACGCCAAGGGGUUCGCCAAGCAGGGGAUAUUCGGCCGGGGUACGCACAUCGACGACGAGCAGUUCAACUACUUCAUCAACAUUCUGGAUGCUAUGAAAGUGGGAUUCGAGGACGUAGAGGAGCGAGUCAUCAUGGCCAACAAUGUGUUCGAGCAGACCCACGAUCAGGAGAUCCAUCUGGCCUCCAAUCAGAUCGUGUCCAAGGCUCUGGAGUCGUUAGUGGGCUUCGUGGACGACGUGCAGUUGGAGCGCUUUUUUAGCAAGUUUGGCGACAACCUCCGGCCCAUGUGCUCCGAUCGGUUUGCCUCGCACGUCCUGCAGAAAAUGCUGGAAAUCGCCUUUUUGCGCGGAGUGGGAAAAUCUGCAGCCCAGGAUACCAGCGAUGCAGCUAGCGCCAACAAAAAAGCUAAGCCGGAUGCCGCUCAAGAGGAGGAGGAGUACAACCUGCAGGCGGACUUCACAGAUGAUCACCGCGAGAAGUGCCGGCAGUUCGUUCUUCGCAUAUCAAAGUUCAUGUUGAACAAUCUGGAGGACUUCGUUUGGGACGCCUGUGCCAGCCACAUCAUGCGCACAGCCAUUCUGUGCCUGGUGGGCAUGCACGUUCCCAAAAUCGCCUUCGAGAAAGGUGGGACUGAGAUAGCCAAGCAUAGGAAGAUGUACUCUGUGCCGGAUGAGUGGCAGGAGGUCAUGAAGGAGUUCCCCCAGCGCCUGGAGAUGUGGCCCCAGUUCGGCGACUUUCCCUACCAGGAUCACUCUUCAAGUCUGCUGGGCGUCAUCUGUUUGGCCCUCAGUGUCGUGGACAAAAGUAUGCUCAAGCAUUUUGCCAAGAAAAUCCUGACGAUCGGUCUGCUGAAGUCGAGCGACGAGGACGAGGAGAAAAUGGAAUUGGACACCAAAAUCGAAAUCAAGGACGAGGAUGAUGAUAAUGAUGAAAAGGAGGAUAAGAAGGCGAAAGAAGCAGAUGCCGACACUGAGAACAAGCAGGAAGAGCCAAAACUACCCAAAGUUUUCCAUCAUCAAAGCUCAGUCAUUCUGCUCGAAACGAUUAUGAGCGUAGCGGGAGCCAAAUUGAUGAUCCAGCUGUAUGCGAUGCUCUUCUGCAACCGAAUAGGUUACCUAGCUCGGCAGCCAGGAACGAACUUUUCAGUCCAGCGUCUCCUUCAGCACAUCAAAGAGGUGCCUGAUUUCGAGUCCGUUUUCACCGAACUCCAGCCGCAUGUGGAGGAGCUGCUGAAAAUGGGAUACACCGGCGUCGUGUCCGCCCUCAGUGCCGCCUGCUUGCGACUGGCCACCAAGCAGUCUCAGAUGAUAGCCGCUUUGCAGAGUGCCCUCCAUGUCAGUGGCGACAAGGAGAAAUCGAAGCUUUUCCUUACAUGUUUGAUUAAGUUAAAGCCCUUUGAGGUGGUGACCGGCGACGAGUCGGCCUUUGUUCAUCUGCACGGUUCGCUUAUUACUCAACACCUGCUGCAGUUCAACAAGCCAAUCUUUCUGGUCAACUGUAUCCUCGAUCUGCCCGCCACCCAACUGGCUCAGGUCUUCAACACACCCAAUGGCUCACACAUCGUUGACGCCUUCAUGCAGAGCAAGUUCAUCGGCGAGAAGUCCCGCGAGCGUCUGAUCCGCCAGUUGGAUGGCUUCUACGUAGACUUGGCCAUCACUCGACAUGGUUCCCGCGUCUUCGAACAGUGCUUUAAGGCCGCCCAAGAUGCGCAGAAACUGCGCAUGGCCAAGGAACUGUUUUCCAAGGCCAAUAUGCUGAAGGGCUCACCACACGGUCGGAUCAUCUACACAAAAUACCGCCUGGACACGUACAAGCUUUCACCUACGCAAUGGCAGGAAAGUUUGUCCAAGCAUCUGGACGCCGAGCAGACAAAGGAGACGAAGCGGAAAACGGCCAAGACAGCUGUCGAAGCUUUUAAGGACAUACUUAGCUAGUAUAUAGAUUGUUUAAACUAAUAAACCUUAUCUAAACUAUUGUUAGAGGUC